CACGCCGAGGCUCCUCCCCGAUCUGGAUCUUUAUAUUUUGGGAGAAUUUCUUUGAACUCAGUUACCAAGCUCCGCGAAAGGAGGCAAGUUCCCACAGCCGGUUCGCUGGCGGUAGGCGAGGCGGGGGUCUCGCCCACCUCCUCGGCAGCUGCCGUGUGCCCCGAUUGUACUCGUCUUUUGCCUCGUGGAGGAAAACGGACUCACUAGGCUAAGGAAAAUGCCAAUUAUCUGGAUGUGACCGUGAAAAGAGAACGUGUGACUGGAGGAAGCAGAAGAGGAGGAAAAGCAUUAUUUGAAGAGAAGAAUAAACCAGGCACUCCAACCCUUCUGCAAAUUAGUGCUGUUACUUCUGGGGUCCAUCUGCUUUUGUCCCCCCAACCCCUCCAUUAAGAAACCUUGACUUGAGGGCCAAGAGACAGCCCCCUACCACUGGGCAUCCUUCUGGGUUGGAAGACCUUUUGGAUGUAGCGUUGGUGGAACAUUUAGACACUCUCCUCUGGAAAAGCCACCAUGAAUUCGAUAGCUGGGAAUAAAGAGAGGCUUGCAGUCUCCACCAGGGGCAAGAAAUACGGGGUGAAUGAAGUCUGCUCGCCCACCAAGCCCGCGGCGCCCUUCUCCCCCGAGAGCUGGUACCGGAAAGCAUACGAAGAGUCCCGCGCCGGGAGCCGGCCCACCCCCGAGGGCGCGGGCUCGGCGCUCGGCUCGUCUGGGACCCCGUCCCCGGGCUCAGGUACUUCGUCCCCGAGCUCCUUCACGGGCUCCCCGGGCCCCGCCUCCCCGGGCAUUGGCACCAGCUCGCCGGGCUCCCUUGGCGGCUCGCCAGGCUUCGGCACGGGCUCCCCGGGCUCGGGCAGCGGCGGCGGCUCCUCCCCCGGAUCAGACCGCGGCGUCUGGUGCGAGAAUUGCAACGCCCGCCUGGUGGAGCUGAAGAGGCAGGCUCUGAAGCUGCUUCUCCCGGGGCCCUUCCCGGGCAAGGAUCCUGCUUUCUCGGCUGUGAUUCACGACAAGCUCCAGGUCCCCAAUACCAUCCGGAAGGCAUGGAAUGACAGGGACAACCGCUGUGAUAUUUGUGCCACACACUUGAACCAGCUGAAGCAGGAGGCCAUUCAGAUGGUGCUGACCCUGGAACAGGCGGCUGGCAGCGAGCACUUCGAUGGCUCCCCUGGCUCUCCCCCACCCCUCUCCAACGUCCCCACUCUGGUGGGGUCCCGGCAUGUGGGGGGGCUCCAGCAGUCCAGGGAUUGGGCUUUUGUGCCCGCCUCCUAUGCCCCCUCAAGCUACACAGCCUUCGUCACCAAUAAGCAUAGCAGCAAACCCAACAGCCUCGGGGUCAGCAAUGGGGCGGAGAAGAAGAGUGGGUCUCCAACCCACCAGGCCAAGGUCAGCCUCCAGAUGGCCACCAGUCCCAGCAACGGGAACAUCCUCAGCUCAGUGGCCAUUCAGGCUCACCAGUACCUGGACGGCACCUGGUCCCUAUCGAGAACCAAUGGGGUCACCCUGUACCCCUACCAGAUCUCCCAGCUGAUGACAGAGCCUGGCCGGGAAGGCCUGACAGAGGCGGCGCUGAAUCGCUACAAUGCGGACAAGCCUUCGGCCUGCAGCGGCGUCCCCACCCCGCAGGGCUCCUGCGUGGCCAGCGAGACCUCCUCAGGCACCUCGGUGGCCGCGUCCUUCUUCGCCAGAGCUGCCCAGAAGUUAAAUCUCUCAUCUAAGAAGAAGAAACAUCGGCCUUCCACUUCUUCUGUUGCCGAGCCACCUCUCUUUGCCACCAGCUUCAGCGGGAUUCUCCAGACGUCCCCACCCCCGGCCCCGCCCUGCCUGCUGAGGGCCGUCAGCAAGGUGAAGGACACCCCAGGCCUGGGCAAGGUGAAAGUCAUGCUUCGCAUCUGUUCCACACUGGCUCGCGACACCUCAGAAUCCAGCUCUUUCUUAAAGGUGGACCCACGGAAGAAGCAAAUCACCUUGUAUGACCCCCUGACGUGUGGAGGUCUAAAUGCCUUCCCAAAGAGAGGGAACCAAGUUCCUCCUAAGAUGUUUGCCUUUGAUGCGGUUUUUCCACAAGAUGCUUCUCAGGCUGAAGUGUGUGCUGGAACCGUGGCAGAAGUGAUCCAGUCUGUGGUCAACGGGGCAGAUGGCUGUGUGUUCUGUUUCGGCCACGCCAAGCUGGGAAAGUCCUACACCAUGAUCGGCAAAGACGACUCCAUGCAAAACCUGGGCAUCAUCCCCUGUGCCAUCUCUUGGCUCUUCAAGCUGAUCAACGAACGGAAAGAAAAGACUGGAGCACGUUUCUCGGUGCGGAUCUCAGCCGUGGAGGUGUGGGGUAAAGAAGAGAACCUUCGGGACCUGCUGUCUGAGGUGGCCACGGGCAGCCUGCAGGACGGCCAGUCCCCCGGCGUGUACCUGUGCGAGGACCCCAUCUGUGGCACGCAGUUGCAGAACCAGAGCGAGCUGCGGGCACCCACCGCAGAGAAGGCUGCCUUCUUCCUGGAUGCGGCCAUCGCCUCCCGGCGGGGCAACCAGCAAGACUGCGACGAGGAUGACCUCCGCAACUCGCACAUGCUCUUCACACUGCACAUCUACCAGUACCGCAUGGAGAAGAGCGGCAAGGGGGGAAUGUCUGGAGGCCGCAGCCGCCUGCACCUCAUCGAUCUUGGCAGCUGUGUGAAAGCUCUUAGCAAAAAUCGGGAAGGAGGCUCAGGGCUGUGCCUCUCACUGUCCGCCCUGGGCAAUGUCAUCCUGGCUCUCGUCAAUGGCAGCAAGCACAUCCCAUACAAAGAAAGCAAGCUCACCAUGCUGCUGCGGGAGUCCCUGGGGAACGUGAACUGCCGCACCACCAUGAUCGCUCACAUCUCGGCUGCCGCUGGGAACUAUGCCGAAACCCUGUCCACCAUCCAGAUCGCCUCGCGAGUCUUGAGGAUGAAGAAAAAGAAAACGAAGUACACAUCAAGCUCCUCCGGGGGAGAGAGCUCCUGUGAGGAAGGCAGAAUGCGCAGGCCCACCCAGCUGAGACCCUUCCACGCCAGGACUGCCGUCGAGUCGGACUUCCCCAUCCCUCAUCUGUCCAGUGACCCCGACUACUCCUCCAGCAGCGAGCAGUCCUGCGACACGGUCAUCUACAUCGGGCCAAACGGCACGGCCCUCUCUGACAAGGAGCUGACGGACAACGAGGGGCCCCCAGACUUUGUCCCUAUCGUGCCAGCCCUGCAGAAGGCCAGGGGUGACAGCCGGUCCACAGAGGCCGGAGAGGCUGGCGCCAGCAAAUCGGAAAGGGACUGCUUGAAGUGCAACACGUUCGCUGAGCUGCAGGAGAGGUUGGAUUGCAUCGAUGGCAGCGAGGAGCCCAGCAAGUUCCCCUUCGAAGAGCUGCCGGCCCAGUUUGGGGCGGAGCAGGCAAGCAAGAGUGUCCCGUUGAGCCAGGCAGCCGGGGCAAGCCCGCUCUGUGAGUCUGAUAAGGAAGACGAUGGCUCAGACGGCCAGCUGACAGACAGAGAAGGUGCGGAGCCCCCGGCCUCCAAGGUGCAGAGGAAUCACUCCCCGGUCCCUGCCGCAUUGCUCACCAACAGCCCCACCCCUGCCUCACCCCGGAGCAUCCCCGGCAGCAGCAGCCAGCACAGUUCUUCCCAGCUCGCGCAGAGCCCCAGCCUCCGGAGCAGCCGGGAAAGCCUAAACUCCUGUGGCUUUGUGGAAGGCAAGCCCAGGCCCAUGGGCUCCCCCAGGCUGGGCAUUGCCAGCCUGUCCAAGACCUCAGAGUACAAACCAGCCAGCUCUCCUUCCCAGAGAUGCAAAGUCUACACCCAGAAGGGGGUCCUGCCUUCUCCGGCCCCACUGCCCACCUUGAGCAAGGAUUCGGGCAUGGUGUCUAGUGAGUCCCUGCUGCAGCCCGAGGUACGCACCCCCCCGGUCGGAAUGAGCCCCCAGGUUUUGAAGAAAUCCAUGUCUACUGGGAGUGAAGGGUUCCCAGAAACCCCUGUGGAUGACGAUCAUCAGGCAGCAACUUCCCCAGAUUCUAAGAAGGAGAUUCUGAGCACCACGAUGGUGACGGUGCAGCAGCCUCUGGAGCUGAAUGGUGAAGACGAGCUGGUGUUCACGCUGGUGGAGGAGCUGACCAUCAGCGGGGUGCUGGACAGUGGCCGCCCCACCAGCAUCAUCAGCUUCAACAGUGACUGCUCAGUGCAGGCCUUGGCCUCAGGCUCCCGGCCCGUCAGCAUCAUUGGCAGCAUCAGCGAGGACCUGGAGUGCUACUCAAACGUGGCUCCUGUGUCCGAGGUCAGCAUCACGCAGUUCCUGCCCCUCCCAAAGCUAAACCUGGACGAGAAGGCCCGGGAGGCGGGGAGCAGACGUUCCUCCAUCAGCUCCUGGCUGAGUGAGAUGAGCACAGGCAGUGACGGUGAGCAGCCGUGCCACAGUUUCAUAGCACAGGCGUGUUUUGGGCACGGGGAAGCAAUGGCAGAUCCUCCGGCCUCGGAGUUCGUCAGCAGCAUCCAGAACACCGCCGUGGUGUGCCGGGAGAAGCCCAAGGCAGGCCCCGACAACCUGCUCAUCUUGUCUGAAAUGGGGGAAGACUCCUUCAACAAGGCAGCCCCCAUCAAAGGCUGCAAGAUAUCUACCCUGGGCAAGGCCAUGGUCACCAUCUCUAAUACGGCCAGUCUGAGCAACUGCGAAGGGUACAUCCCCAUGAAGACCAACAUUACAGUAUACCCCUGCAUUGCCAUGAGCCCCCGCAAUGUCCAGGAGCCUGAGGUGUCCCUGGCCACCAUCAGCUCAGUCCCCAAAGCAGCCCAGUCCCAGGAGAGCAAGGAAAGUGGUGCAAAGAAAGAGAUGAAAUUUGAGGAUCCCUGGCUGAAACGAGAAGACGAGGUAAAAAAAGAGAAUGCUUAUCCCAAUGAAGAAGGGAGUAGGUUUGAGACAGCCACAGGCCCCCCAAAGCCUGAGGCCAGAGCAGAACAGGACAAGAAGGCCAGCCCCAGUGACAGGCUGAGCAACAGUAGCGGUGAGGUGUCUGCCUCCCCAGGGGCCGACAACUUCAGGAGAGUGGUGGAUGGCUGUGAGAUGGCCCUGCCCAAUGUGGCUGCCCAGAGCCCCGUGCAUCUCAACAAAAGCCUGAAGUCCAGCAGCCUUCCCAGGGCUUUUCAGAAAGCCAGCAGGCAGGAGGAGCUCGACAGCCUCUUCUACCACUGUGCCUCAGAGACCAAUGGCAUUGGCUUGGCUUCCAGCACCCAGCCCUCCAAGGCCACCCUGGAGAGGAAGGUGGCGUCCCCCAAGCACUGUGUCCUGGCUCGGCCCAAAGGGACUCCCCCGCUGCCCCCUGUCCGGAAGUCCAGCCUGGACCAGAAGAACCGGGCCAGCCCUCAGCACAGCGCCUGCAGCAGCAGCUCCAGCAGCCCCUUGAACCAACCUGCGCCCUUCUUGUCCAGCUUCCCCGACGAGCCCAGUGGCAAGAUGAAGGAUGCCAGCAGCAGCAGCAAGCUCUUCAGCGCCAAGCUGGAGCAGCUGGCCAGUCGGACCAACUCUCUGGGCAGGACCACCGUCAGCCACUACGAAUGCCUCUCGCUGGAGAGGGCCGAGAGCCUGUCCUCCAUGAGCUCCCGGCUGCAUGCGGGCAGCAAGGACAGCACCAUGCCCCGCACGGGGAGGAGCCCGGGCCGCAGCGCCGGGGCCUCGCCCACCAACCCGGGCCCCACGCAGUCGGCCGGGGCCUCGCCCAAGGCCAGCCAGUCCAAGAUCUCCGCUGUGAGCAAGCUGCUCCUGGCCAGCCCCAAGGCCCGCAGCCUGUCCACCUCCACCACCAAGACCCUGAGCUUCUCCACCAAGUCCCUGCCGCAGGCGGUGGGCCAGAGCUCCGGGCCGCCCCCCGGCGGGAAGCACAUGUCCUGGUCCACGCAGUCGCUGAGCCGGAGCCGGGGCUCGGGCCUGGCGUCCAAGCUGCCCCUGCGGGCUGUGAACGGGCGCAUCUCGGAGCUGCUGCAGGGCGGCGCGGGCGCGCGGGGGCCUCCCGGGCGCGCGGGGCCCGAGGCGGAGGAGCGCACCGUCCCCACCGACGAGCGCCCGCCGCCCGCCGCCCCGCUGCCCUCGCCCUACAGCAAGAUCACACCGCCGCGCCGGCCCCACCGCUGCAGCAGCGGCCACGGCAGCGACAACAGCAGCGUGCUAAGCGGGGAGCUGCCGCCCGCCAUGGGCAAGACAGCGCUCUUCUACCACAGCGGCGGCAGCAGCGGCUACGAGAGCAUGAUGCGCGACAGCGAGGCCACCGGCAGCGCAUCGUCCACCCAGGACUCCAUGAGCGAGAACAGCAGCUCCGUGGGUGGGCGCUGCCGCAGCCUCAAAGCCCCAAAGAAGCGUGCCAACUCAGGGUCCCAGAGACGGAGGCUCAUCCCGGCGCUGUCCCUUGACACCCCCUCCCCCGUGAGAAAACCCACCAAUAGCGCGGGGGUUCGCUGGGUGGACGGCCCCUUGCGCAGCACCCAGAGGGGCCUCGGGGAACCUUUUGAGAUUAAAGUCUAUGAAAUCGACGACGUGGAGCGGCUGCAGCGGCGACGAGGGGGCAGCAGCAAGGAGGUCAUGUGUUUUAACGCAAAACUGAAAAUUCUGGAGCAUCGCCAGCAGAGAAUCGCGGAAGUCCGAGCCAAGUACGAAUGGCUGAUGAAGGAGCUGGAGACGACCAAACAGUAUCUGAUGCUAGACCCUAACAAGUGGCUCAGUGAAUUUGACUUGGAGCAGGUUCUGGAGCUGGAUUCCCUGGAGUACCUGGAAGCGCUGGAGUGCGUGACGGAGCGCCUGGAGAGCCGCGUCAACUUCUGCAAGGCUCACCUCAUGAUGAUCACCUGCUUCGACAUCACCUCCCGGCGCCGCUGACCGGAGCCGCCGCCCGGCCCGGCC